AUGGUAUCGUACACUGCACUGCUAGCCGUGCUCCAGCUGGUGACGUCUGCGACGCUUGUUCACGCACAGUGCACUCCGCACGGCGCACUCGCGUUCCGCUCGCCCGUCACCACAGCCUCCGGCCUCGCCGCGACACCCAUCUUUGCCGGCCUCGCGACCCCGCGCGGCAUCGUGUUCGACGGCGCAGGGGCCCUCCUUGUCGUCGAGCGUGGACUCGGCGUCACCGCGUUUGUCGAAGAUGCGCCCGGCUGCGACGGCUGGCUCCGGUCGGUCGUCCUGCAGAACGCGAACCUGACGCAGGGCAUACAGGUCGACGGCGCGCGGCUGUACGUCAGCACGUCUGGCGAGGUGCUCCGGUUCGCGUACGACACCGCUGCGCGGCGGGUCACCGGCGAGCCCGAGGUCGUCGUGAAUGGUGUCCCGCCCGACGGAGAACUCACCACCCGCCCGAUCCUCCUCUUCCCGAGCACCAACGCGACCCACAUCCUCGUCUCCAGCGCACCCGCGGCGAACAUCGACCCCUCCGCGCGGAACGCGUCCUCGGGGCGUUCGCAGGUGCGGCGCUUCGCCCUGCCCUCCACUCGCAGUGCGUCACCCCAGGACUUCUUCGCGGGCACGCUCCUCGCGUUCGGGAUCCGCAACCCCGCAGGGCUCGCCUUCCUCCCGCCGCACUCGUCGAACCUGUGGGUCGUUGAGAACGGUGCGAGCAUCGACAACACGACGGGCCUCACGCCCACGUUCGUGAACGACAACCCGGCCGACGAGCUCGAGUUCGUCGACGCCGCCGCCGCAGAACCUGGGAGUGUCAACCGGUUCUACGGCUUCCCGGACUGCACGACGCUGUGGAACCCGAACGCAGACCCUGUCGGGGACCCGCAGUUCCUCGGCUUCAAGACAGGUGAACAGUUCAGUUUGGAGCUUGAGCCGCAGAGAGGCGACGCCUUCUGCCAGAACCCAGAGGAUAACGUGCCGCCUAGACUGUCUUUCCAGGCACACUCCGUCCCGCUGGACAUCAAGUUUUUCCUCCCCGCCGGCACGGAGCACGACGCGACGCCGGCCUUGCCUGCGUCCUGGGCCGGCGACGCGUUCGUGUCCUUCCACGGCAGCUUUGACCGGACGCCGCCCACGGGUUACGGGGUCGUCAGGCAAGUGGUGCCGUUCAGCGGGCUACAGCCCUCGGCGCCGCCUUCGUCGCAGACCGGGUACACCUUCCUCGCACAGGCGACCAACCUCACCAGCUGCCCCGGCACGUGCAUCCGUCCGGUCGGCCUCGCCUUCGCGGACGACGGACGGCUGUUCGUGAGCAGCGACUCUAGCGGCGAGUUGUUCGUCAUCUCGAAAAUGACUUGA